GCGAGCACGUGAUGGGCGGCUGAGUUAAUCCAGUCAAUGAUCAGUACGUUUUUUUUCCUGUCUGUUUGGGAAGAUUGUUUGUUUUCUUACCCUCUCCUGUUUGCACCUGACUUGUGGGGAGGGAGUAGGAGGAGAAAGAGGGAAGGUGGCGAUUUGUGAAGACGCAGAGGGAGGGCGAGCCAUUUCUGUCGAGGAUCUGGGAUUUUUAAUUCACUGAAUCAUUUGGUUUUUUCCUUGCUGUGAAACUGACCCGAAACUGGACCGGAGAACGUUAAUUUCAUCCUUGAGGGCUGACAACUGGACCUUCCAGAAAAGCAGAACCCUGACCGCGCAAGGGAGCUGAGUCAGUGGAGAUGCAAUCACUCGCCUGGGGCUGUAAAUGCAAGGUACUCCUCCAGAAUGGUUACCAAUCGGUUGUUAUAUGUGGUCCUUCUAAUCUGCACCCUCACCGAGAUUUGUUCGAUCGAUGCACGGACCCUGCCACAGCAAGGACUCCUUCAGGGUGAAGUGUUCCUCAAGGAAAGUCAAGCAACAGUCUUCUUGCGUCGGAAGCUGAUGUACAACAGCUGGGAUUUUGAACUCAUCACUCCUGGAAAUCUGCAGCGGGAAUGCUAUGAAGAAGUCUGCAAUUAUGAGGAAGCUCGUGAAAUCUUUGAGGAUGACCAGAAGACGCGCGAGUUUUGGAAGCAGUAUGUGAACAAUCAGAAACCAGGUGGCCCCACUGCUCACAAGUUUGAUGUUGCUGGGCUGGUAGCGGGACUGAUCGGUGGAUUUGUGCUCCUCAUCCUCAUUGGGCUGCUUGUCGUCUACUUCUGCAAACAGAGGGGGAAGAGAGCAGACAGACCACCCGAAUAUCGAGGGCUAGUCCCAAACCUAACCAACCAUCCACCUGUUGAGCCGAGUGAAGAGCUGCCCUUGACCAAUGUGGAGACCACUGCCCCUGGACUUCCCUCGUAUGAAGAGGCAUUGACAAGAUCAGGACAUUAUGAUGCCCCUCCCCCACCAUACGGAGGUGGAGCUACAAGUGAGCAACGACCAAGCUGAAACUCAGUACAAUGCCUUCUUCUUCAAUUUCAAAUCCAUGGAUCGAGUCUUGUGACGUGGAGAAGGGAGAGAAAGAGCUGCUGGACAGUAUUUUGAGGAUCAUCAUAAUAAGCGAAGACAAUGAUUUAACAAAAUCUACUCUCUUGGGUGCCUGGCAUCACGUGCCUCCAGCAAAUUUUCAUAAGCCAACAAGUCAAUUGGUUUCUCCAGGCGCCAUUUAAGUUCUCUUUCUCUUUUACAAACUUUGUAAAUAAUUUGUUGCUCCAAAGCUGAACAUUGGACUUUGCCGAGUGCUGUUGAAAUAUUUCUCUGGGUAACCCACGGCUGGGUCUGAGAUGCAGUUCAGAUGAAAACCCAACUGGACGUGUGACCUUCUUCAAACUCACUUGGAAUCUCUUGGAGUCUACUUUUCGGUUUCUGUGGCAGGACAGCAGCUGUAAUCGCACUUGGUAGCUUCAACCUCUUCUCUCUGUAUACCUCCCUUUGGGCCCCCCCACAAGGCCAUUAUUGGAGGAGGGGUGUGGGAGUGUAAUGGAAUCGGGCACUAUUUUCAAUCCCGAUUGCUAAAUCGGCGAUUGCACUGUCAGGUUGUGUGUGCUGGGGAAAUAGGGUGUUUGAAGGCAAAACUGAUUUGGGUGGCAUUGUGUAGAACGAGCAGUUUUGCCUUGAGGGAUCACAAGUUCUGUACCCUCUGUCCCUACCCUCCGGAGAGUGCAUCACCUUCAGGAGCGCAGCCUGUGAACGACGAUUGAGUUUUACUUUACUUUUUUUUUUGUUUUGUUUUGUUUUUUGUAACCAAGAACUGGAUUUUGCUUUUUUUUUAGGACAGACCAAUUCCUCUCAAUUUACUUGACUCCAGACUUCAUUUCUGUUGCCCCACCCACUCCUCAGAAUUCAGGAGGCACACACCAGUCAAUUCUGAUGAAAUCUUCCUACCUGUUAAUGACCUUGACCUGUUUUCCCCACCCCACCCCACCUCAUUCUAUGGUGGCUCUUGCGGAAAAGAGAACCAAAACAAAACAACAUGAAUAUUUACUGUUGGAAGCAAUUCUGCAGUUGGGCAGCAAUUGCUAAGCAAUCCUGAGUAUGCUAAUGGCCUUCAAUUUAAGAUGAUCCAUCAAGCUUGGAACAUUACUCAUUCACAUUUGAUAGAUGGAACAUGCCUUCAUGUGCAUAUUCUUUGUAAGGAAAGGAAUAUGUCCCAAGACUUCCACCACUUGUUUUGAAUUUCUUGGGAGCAUGGGAAGCCCAUAAAUUCCCUGUUGCUUUCUCCGUGGCAAUGCCUCCACCAACUAGAAUUGAUUUGCCAACCAGCUGGCACCCUUUUCUCCUGCAGUGUAAAUUGUUGUGAUCAUUCCAAAUUUGGCAUUCUUGCAUUUGUCCUGAUAAGUGCAAGACAACAAGUUUCAACAACAUGCCUGUCUUUUCAGCAGAGUUUACAUUCUGUUCUACAGUGAGUGACCACUGAAAGUGAGCAGGGUGCUUUUCUGUAUGUCCCAAGCAGUGGCGCAUUAACUUUGUGCGGAGUCAGUGUUGCUGAGGCCAGUUGUGCUUUCUACCUGCACAUUGUAGCCCAGAGCUACAGAUAGUGCUGGUGGAUGCUCCAACAUUAUUUCCACCAACCAGCUGGCCAGGAAACUGUCCCCCUCUGGCAGAUGUUGACAGGAUUUACAGGUCGAUACUUAAUCUGUUUGACAUUUUGAACACACCUUCCUUGAUUUGUUGGUCCUGGAGUUUGAGUUAAGAGACAGGGAUUCAACUUGCUGAGCUACAGUACCCUCUGUGGAUGCCUACUGCAGCUCAUAUUCAGUGCUUACAUUUUCUUUCAGACUGUAAAAGCUCCAUUUGCAUUAUUGGGAAGUCUCUCUGCUGACGUGGGCAAUAUUUGUCCCUCCACUAAGGUCAACACUGACACAAAUACCACAUCACCUGGUCAUUUAUCAUACUGCUGUUUUGGGAAGCUUGCUGUGUAUAAAUUGGCUGUUUGCGUUGCCUACGUCACAGUGAUUAUACUGCAAAAAUAUUUAAUAGGAUGUAAGUAAGAUCCGAGGUCUAUUUUCUCUCCUGUCUGUCCAUCUUCACUGUUUGGCCAUCAACACAGGCCUGUGAACAUUCCUCCCAACCAAACAAAAUCCCAAACCACAUGCAUCUUUAACCUGAGCUCAGGAUCCACUGACUUGUCUUUCCUGGCCUCUCUCCUUCCACACUAAUAAUCAAAAUCAGGAGAUCUGUAGCGGUUGAACUGGGAACGUUAUUGGUCAGAUUGAAGCAGGUCACUGGACCAUCCCAAAACUGAGAUGGUCAUCGCCAGCAAUAUGACUAUUGAGUACCUUGGCUGAGCACAGAUGAUUUGCCUACUAUCACCUUCCUGCUAUAGGCUUGAGCCAGCACAGUGUUGUGCCAUACUCUCCUUUGCUUUGACCAAGCAUGAAUGCCAUCCUUCUGGAGUUGUACGAUAUGGGUAUGGGAAGGGGAGGGAUCAGGAACGGCACAGGGAUGGGUGGUGGGCACUGAACUUUGAGUUAGUGGGGCAGAAGGACAAAGUAGGAGCUUUCUGCCUGUACCUGAGCCCUUCCUUCCAAGGAACAUAUUACACGAUUGUGAUAGAGGCUUGGGAUGCGAAUUGGUUUUUGGAGCAAUGGGCAGUCACAUGCCUUUGUUGUCAAGCAGUGAGGAUGGGAGGAGAGAGAAUAGACCUCAAUCUAUUAGGAGAAUGACCAGUGUUUUCACUGCAUUUGAAACAGUCUUAAACCUUUGUAUUGACAUUGCCAACAGUAACCAGACUUACAAAUUCUCCUCAGGUACAAUGUAGCAAUAGCCAUCAAGGGAACAAAAAUGAGUGGGCCGUCUAUUUAAAUUUAGGUUGGUGUCAAUGACUUGACUGGUGAGGGCCAGAAAAUGACCCUGUGAGAUGCUGUGUGUACCACAGGCCUCAGUUUAGACCCAUGGGCCUCAAGUGAAGCCUGAACCAAGGACAACUUGGGUGAGGGCUGACUGGAUCUGUGGAAAUGUAGCCAAGCAGGAGUUUAAACAAUUCUGGACUGCCAAAACACCCCUCAGCAGCCUUAAGCUAGACAACGGUGGAGGAGACAAAAAUGUCAUCCAGAGUUGUGGGAAGAACAUACUUGUGGAUGUGAAGGUAGAAUGUGGGAUAGGCUGGUGUUAUCAACUCUAGUUGGGCCUACAUUGCAGCUUUGGCUAUAGAGUAAAAUAUUAUUCCUCCCCCUGCCAUCACCAAAAAUCUUAACGAUAAAAGUGUUCGAUGAAUAUGAAAAACGACUUACUUUCCCCAGAAGAGGAAAAAGGGGUAAAGAGGGUAGUUGGUGGAAAAAAAAAACUAACUUUUGCACUGUGGGCAACCUCUGACCCAAAUCUACAUGUGCUGAUUACAUAGAAAACCCACCGCUUUUUAAUGGAAUCUGUCCCUGCAAACAAAAUUCAAAUUGAUUCAAGAAUAUUAUUUUCUUACAGAGAAUAAUCUGCAUGUUUACUGAAAACAGGUGAUUAACACUUUUCUAGAUUAACCCCCACCUCCAAUUUGGAAUUAAUCCCAGAAUUGGGAACUAUUGUAAAGAAAAAACCUGUCAUUCCUGUAUCCAACUUAAUAAAAUACAGUGGGGGUGGGGAAGAAAGGUUUAGAAAUCAUACCAUAAACUGUGGAGGGACUGGGCCUUGGUAUUCAUGUUUGGGUUUCCAUGGUAACCAGGCCUUGACUUAAUAACAGCACCUAGCCCAUGCCAAUCGAUUUAACAAAGGAAGGUACAGGGAGCUUUCUGAGGACUCGGACUAAGUGACAAAAUUGCACCAGAGUGGGCAAUUUUCCAGAAAUAUUCCCAAAAUAAAUGGGGGGAGGAGUGAUUGAGGAUAAUUACAGCUUGUUUAAAUUAUUGUUAGUGAAAGGAGUUUUUUUUUCAAGCUGUAGUUCUCCAUUCCUGCCUACAGAGGGUGGGUUUAAUUCUGAUGUGGGAUUUCAGGGGGGAGGUCUCACUACAGUUUAUCAAAACUUCAGUAAAUCCUGCAAGUUAUUUGUAAGACUGAGAACACCAGUGCAGUGUGCAAUUUUAACAAGGCAGUACAUGUUUCUGACUUGUCCUCUUGUCUUGCUUCAUUGGGUAGUGGGGAAAGGAGAAACUUUGUUAUAAUGGACUGACUUUUUUUCUAAAUGAAAAAUCAUUUCUAAAGCGGAUCACACUCAUGUCACAUUUUUGUCUGAAAAUCUGCCCUCUAGUUGACGGUGCAGUGACCUAUGUUGUACUUGAUUUCUAUUUCAGCCUCAUUUCAGGGCACUGGAAGUCUACCAGCUUAUGUGGAGCACCGGGUAAAAUUUCUGGCUCAUUUUUAAACAAAGUAUUAAUAAAAACAAUGCCUUUCUGAGCCCAGCCUCCAGGAUGUGAGGAGUGGUGGUGUUAUAAUUUGCUCAUUGUCCAAGCCACACUCUGUGCACGUUACAGUCUGGAGCUAUGGUUUGUGAUGGGAGAGGUUCCAUUGCGCUCUCCAUUGCAUUUCUGACCAGGAAUCUUUUUCAGUCUCCUUGCCUGUGUACGAUAGAGGGAUUUGCAGGUUGCCACUUAACCUGAAUGGCUAGGUUGUGAAUACACCUUCUUUGGCCAUUGUGUUCUCGCAUGGGACUUGAAUCCAGAGCAUCGGGUUCACACACAGUCCACAGGAUCAUAAGUGCAAGACUGUAUUUUUAAAAACUGACCUACCAUACCUAUUAGUGACUUGUUCACCUAAUACGAAAUGGAUGAGCAGGAAAAAGAGCACAGUGACUGGAUGCUCAAUCCCUCUUCCAUUUCCCCACUACAAUCAUGUGAUCCCCUUGGAGGGUGAAAGUCACGCUAGAUAAACCGACACUGGCAAUAAGGUGGGAAAAGUUCCAGAAAUCUCAAUCUGUUUGGGACUUUGCAGUCUUUUCUAUAAAGACCUUCCCUUCAGAAGUCAUGACAUUAAUUCUGUUUCACUCUCCACAGAUGCUGCCAGACCUGCUGGGUUUCUCCAGUAUUUUCUAUGCUGAUUUUAGAUCUCCAGCAUCCAAAGUGUUUGCUUUUAUCUUAGCUGGCUGGCUGAGAUUGCUAGGGCUAAACCAGUGCCUUCUACAGCAAGUCUGGGAACUGUGUGUAGUCCAGUGGCUAAAUGCAGGGAUCUGAGGUCUGUAGAUAGCUGUUGUGCUCCAUAUCCCAUUUGUGUCAGUCAUGUUGGGAUGCCAUGCUUAAGGGGAAAAUCAUUUCGACCUGUCUUGGUGGAAUUUUGAGGAGGCUAGAAGAAGGUAAAAUCAGUUACCUUUUUGAAUUCUGAUCACUAUCCAUCAAUGUCAAGCUGUGGUUGCUUGGCAACUCUGGUUUUUGGCCCACACCAGAGAUUGACUGCUCAGGAUCUACCCAAAUUCCCUUAAACAGUACUUCAGUAAGAGUCAAUGUAGGGGUGGGGGACAAUUUUUAAUUGAACCUGUCCUUUGGAUGAGAUGCAGGAAUUGUAUGGUCUGUGUCCAGUGAGGGCAAGUUUAACAGAACCAGUAAUCUAGCUGACACUGUGGGCAUAUCCCUUCUGUGAAAUAAGUUAAACUUAUCUAUUACAUCUUGGUGCUCUUCUGGCACGGUGUUAGUGGCCUGACCUCUGAGCCAGGAGACCUGGGUUCAAGCCCCCGUGUGCUCCAGAGGUGUGUAAUAACAGGCCUGAGGUUUAUUAGAAAAUAUCUAUGGAAAGGAAUGGAUGGCUCUGCAGAAAUAUGAAAACAAAGUUUUGAGUAAGGUUAUCUUGCAAACUAGGUCUCAGUACAAAAACAGAACCACUUUAUCUUGUGCUAGUUGUUAUGUUAGCAUUUAACAUAUUUUAUAUAGUUCUGUAAGAGCUCAGAAAUAAAAAGGCUUUAACUUCAUGUCUUUUGUUUAAUAAACUUCAAUAAAAAAAGGAUCAUCAUGAA